AUGCCAGCACCGACUUUUUUGAGACGUCCGGCACGAUCGCAGUCACCGAAUGGGACUGCGUAUCUCCUCGAACCUCAUCGUCAUCCUGGCGUCUUCGUCGCUCGUGGCGGUAAAGAGGAUCUUCUAGUCACCAAGAACCUUACACCAGGUGAAUCCGUCUACGGCGAGAAGCGCAUUUCUGUCGACCUCCCCGCCACCCCUGGCCUCAAUGGCAAUGCCGAUCCUGUCCCAAACACCAAGACCGAGUAUCGAGUUUGGAAUCCCUUCAGAUCUAAGUUGGCAGCAGGUAUAUUGGGUGGUUUGGAUGUCAUCUACAUACGACCAGGCGCAAAAGUCCUGUACCUUGGUGCGGCGUCAGGAACAAGCGUCAGCCAUGUUGCGGAUAUCGUCGGACCUACUGGGACAGUCUAUGCGGUGGAAUUCUCGCAUCGUAGCGGACGAGAUCUGAUUACUAUGGCUACACAUCGCACGAACGUCAUUCCCAUUAUCGAGGACGCCAGACAUCCAUUGAGAUAUCGCAUGUUGGUUGGCAUGGUCGAUGUCAUCUUCGCAGAUGUUGCUCAGCCAGAUCAAGCACGAAUCGUUGGAUUGAACGCGCAUCUGUUUUUAAAGGUGGGUGGUGGCGUCUUAGUCAGUAUCAAAGCGAACUGCAUCGACAGCACCGCUAAGCCAGAGGUUGUCUUUGCACGAGAAGUCACCAAGUUGAGGGAGGAGAGAAUCAAGCCGAAGGAGCAAUUGACACUGGAACCGUUCGAAAGAGAUCACUGUAUUGUUGCGGGCAUCUACACACGAUCUGAGUAA